AUGCACCCCACGAUAUCUACCUUCGAAAUCAAGCCCGUCGAGCCGGAGGACAUUUCUGCAAUCACUGAGCUCUGGUAUAAUGCGUUCAGCAUCCCCCAAAAUCUGAAGAUGUUUCCAGAUACCCCAGGAGUCCGGGAGUGGUGGAAUGAAGCGCAUCGUCAGGAUAUACUUCAUAACCCACACAGAAGAUAUCUCAAGGUGGUGGAUGUCACUUCAUCUGGUUUUAUAGUUGCAUAUGCCAAGUGGGAUUUGAAUCCGCAGCAAAGUGGAGAGCGAUUCCCCCCCUGGCAUGAGGAAUCUGAUCAUCAGGCUUGCAACGAGCUGUUUGGGAUGCUCGAAAAAGAGCGAAACAAGUUCUUCGGAGACAUACGGUUCUACUAUCUUGACAUGCUGGUGACACACCCAGACUACCGACGACAGGGCGCUGGGUCCAUGUUGAUUCAAUGGGGCUGUGAUCGAGCCGAUGAAGAAGGGGCUCCCGCUUAUCUGGAUGCGCAUCACGCUGCUGCGCCUCUCUAUCGAAAGUUCGGCUUCCGUGAUCGAAUGGAUCUAGAGGUCGACCUACAAGGCGCUGUUCCGAUGAUUAGAGAGCCACGAUUCAAGAACUAG